AUGAUGCUGUUCGUAGUAGCAUCAGCGUUGAUCGCCCUCAGCCAGGUCGAUGCAGUGAAUGUGGCUACCUCGUACAGUGUGGUCCACCACGAUCAACCGGCCGCACAGCCGCGGCUGCUGCAGAAAGCAUCCCAUGUGUACGCACCGUCCGCCCACGUCGUUACUGCCGGCCACAGUUACAGCCAUGCUGCCGCUCCACACUACGCCCCGCUGGUCAGCAAAACGCGCUACACCGUCCCGUUCCUGAGUGCGCUGCAAGCGCAACCGCAGUGUCCGGCACCGCCGUCCUGUCUCAAGUCGCGCUACCGCACACUCGACGGUUCGUGCAACAACCUGCAGAACCCGACCUGGGGUACGCCGAACCGUCGCUACGGCCGCCUGUUGACGCCGAAGUACGGUGACGGUAUUUCCCUGCCGACGGUUUCCGUCACCGGACAGGACCUGCCGAACGCUCGCGUCGUGUCGCUGGUUGCGUUCGGUGAGCAGGACAUCCCGGAUCCGGAGUACACGCUCGGCAACAUGCAGUGGGGACAGAUCAUGACGCACGACAUGAGCAUGCAGGCCGGUGGUACCCAGUCGAAGAAACACCCGACCAGAUGCUGUACCGAUGAGGGCAAGCUGAUUGGUAAGGAGCGCGCCCCGAGCAGCUGCUACCCGAUCAUUGUCCCGGAACAUGACCCAGCCCACUCGCAGACCGACACCGAGUGCAUCAACUUCGUCCGCACGCUUACCGAUCGGGAGGAUCAGUGCACGCCAACGCACCCGUCCCAGCCCGCCGAACAGCUGACGACCGUCACCUCCUAUCUGGAUCUGUCGCUCGUUUACGGUAACUCCGACCAGCAGAAUGCGGGCAUCCGUGCCUUUACCGGGGGCCGCAUGGCUGUGGUCGAACGUGACGGUUACGAGUGGCCACCGAACAACCCGAACGCGACUGCCGAGUGCGAGAACGAGUCGCGCGAUGAGGUGUGCUAUCUGGCCGGCGAUUCCCGCGUCAAUCAGAACCCGGGGCUGACGAUCAUGCAGAUCAUACUGCUGCGCGAGCAUAACCGCAUCGCCGACCAGCUGCAGAAGUACAACCCGCACUGGGACGAUGAGCUGCUGUUCCAGGAGGCGCGCCGCAUCAACGUCGCACAGUAUCAGCACAUCAACUACUACGAAUGGCUGCCAAUCUUCCUCGGCUGGGAGAACAUGGUCAAGAACCGGCUGAUCUACCGUGUGAAGGGUGGCGAAUACAUCAACGACUACGAUCCGAGCCAGGACCCCUCGGUGUUGAACUCGCAUGCUACGGCCGCCUUCCGUUACUUCCACUCGCAGAUUGAGGGCCGUCUUGACUUGGUGUCGGAGAUCCGCAAACCGACCGGUUCGCUGCGCCUGAGCGAUUGGUUCAACCGUCCCUCGAUCAUUGAAGCCGGUGACAACUACGACUUCCUGACGCGCGGUCUCGCCACCCAGCCGGAGGAACUCACCGACACGAACUUCGACGCCGAGAUCAAGCACUUCCUGUUCCGCCGCGGACGUCCGUUCGGUGGUGAUCUGCGCGCCAUCGACAUCCAGCGCAACCGUGACCAUGGGCUGGCCGGCUACAACGAUUACCGUGAGUUCUGCGGCUUCAAGCGCGCCUCCACCUGGGAAGAUCUGAUGGAUCUGAUUUCGCCACAGGACGUUUCGAAACUGCAGUCGCUGUACGCCAGCAUUGAUGAUAUCGAUCUCACCGUCGGUGGUUCGCUGGAGGCCCACGUUAACGGUGCCCUUGCCGGGCCCACCUUCCUGUGCAUUCUGACGGAGCAGUUCUACCGCACGCGCGUUGCCGAUCGGUUCUUCUACGAGCGGGGCGAUAAGGAGCUGGCGUUCACCCGCGAACAGCUGGCGGAACUGCGCAAGGCCACCAUGGCCCGGCUGUUCUGCGACAACGGUAACCACGUCGCGUCCAUGCAGCCGAAGGCAUUCCUGCGAAUUUCCCACAGCAAUCAGGUGGUACCGUGCACGCAGAUCCCGGAGGUCGAUCUAUCGCUGUGGAAGGACCUGUCGUACGAUAACAGCUUGAACUCGUUCCACUAUUUCCACAACUACAAGAAGUAG